GCGUCCAGACGCACUAGUAGCACAACCCGGAAGCGGCCGGUCUGGGAGCUGUCCUGGGUUCUCGCUGCAGCCGCUGCCGCCUCUGCUGCCAGCCGACUUUCGGCGCUUCGGAGCCGCUGUCCUUAUCCGCUCCGGACCGAGCCCCAAAUCCUCACAAUAGCCAUGUCAUCGGACUUCGAAGGCUACGAGCAGGACUUCGCGGUGCUAACCGCAGAGAUAACCAGCAAGAUCGGGAGGGUCCCCAAACUCUCUCCAGAUGAGAAGAAACAGAUGGUUGCUAAUGUGGAGAAACAGCUAGAAGAAGCAAAAGAACUCCUUGAACAGAUGGACCUAGAAGUCCGAGAAAUCCCUCCACAGAACAGAGGAAUGUAUGCCAGCAGAAUGAGGAGCUACAAGCAAGAAAUGGGAAAGCUUGAAACAGAUUUUAAAAGGUCACGGAUCGCCUACAGUGACGAAGUACGGAAUGAGCUCCUAGGGGAUGAUGGGAAUUCCUCGGAGAACCAGUUGAUAAAAUUACGUGAAGAGAGGGCACAUCUGCUCGAUAACACAGAGAGGCUGGAAAGGUCAUCUCGGAGACUAGAGGCUGGAUACCAAAUAGCAGUGGAAACCGAGCAAAUUGGCCAGGAGAUGUUGGAAAACCUCAGUCAUGACAGGGAGAAGAUACAACGUGCUCGGGAAAGGCUUCGAGAAACAGAUGCUAACUUGGGAAAAAGUUCUCGGAUCUUGACAGGAAUGUUGCGAAGGAUCAUCCAAAACCGUAUUUUGGUGGUUAUCUUGGCAAUCAUCGUGGUCUUCACCAUCCUGACGGCUAUUUUUAUUUCUGUCAAAGGACACUGAUGUAUCUGCUCUUCCCUGAUAUACAGCACCACACGCCUUGUUCUGAGUAAUUAAGACAAAGUGGUCACAUGAAUCAUCCCUUUGCACUGACAGGCCCGAGUGCCCCCUUCUCCUCCCCCACUCUUGCCGCUGUUCAACUUUGGUGCAAGGAGUGUAAAAGAUGUUUUCUAUUCUUGAUUGCAUGUGGGGUGAUUUCUUCUCCUGCUGAUGUCUUCACAGAGAUAUUUUUUGGGAAGCUUAAUUUGUCUUGAAAAAAUUUCACUGAAUGGUCAAAAUAGUAUUUGUCAAAUUCCUUCUCUAACCUAUGAAAACAGAAAAGGCCAAGUUGUUGGGGAUGGGGGAGGGGGUGGUACUAUUGGAGGAAUAGGGGAAGAAGGGAGGGGAACACAGAUAUGAGUUAUUUAAUGCUUCCGUCAGCUUGUGUUGGUUGUCAGAACCCUUGUUCUGUUUGUCAGAACUCUUGUUGUGUAUGCCUUUCUGUGGUGUCCAGAUGUACAAGUGAAGAAGAAACCAGGUGAUAAAGAAAGUGAGUUUCUCUUAAGAACCAAUCCAGUUCAUGAGAGAGGAAGGAGAAGGAAAAAGGAGCAAACCUCUGGCUUAAUUGUAAAGGAGGCUGUAGAAUGUGAGCUGUGUAGUAAAUUGACCUACAGCUUUCCCUGUUUUUCUAUUGAAUAUAUUUUUACUAAAAUUGCCUAAUAUCUACUUUUUACAACUUUCAUUACUGGCUGUGAGACGUGUUUCUUUGCUUCAUAAGAGCUCAGACUUCCUCAUAUUUACUAGCAAGAUGAGGCCUUGCUCAACAUUUAAUUGUGACCUGGGCAUUCCAGACCAAUUUAAUCAUCUCUCUAUCUUUCCAGUUUUAAUAUUUGUGCUGCCAAGCGCAGCCCCUAGUAUAAGUAAAAGGUCUGACAAGGUUCUCUCCAUAUCCAUUUCCGUAUGUAAAGAGAACAUGAAUAUUUCAGUAAGAGGGAGAACAUGACUCCAUUAGUGUGAAAUUUCAAAUGUGAUUAUAAAUAUGAUGAUGUUCUGUAGUAAGAAAAACUUGAAUAAACUUUAUCUGAAACAUCCACUAGCCUCCUUGAAAACAGUGAAUUAUAACAGAAUACGGGAAAGGAGGGGUCAGGGAGAGGCAUCGUUUAGCUGAUGUUUUGACUAACCAAUAUUCUCAAGACCUUCCUGAAUUGGAUAUUUGUUCAAAUUUGUAAUUUGAUUUGUGAUUUUGAAUUUCUUUUUCUGAAGUCCUGGGGAUUGCAGUUGAAAUGAGUUCAUUUGUAAUCAGGCUUAAAGUUGUUCAAGCGAAGAUUGUGAGAUAGGUUGUUGUAUUUUUCCCAGCCACAAAGCAAAAGGUGUUUUUAUUACAGCUUCCUAGGCUGCCUUUGAAUAUACUUGGAAGGUUCAGAGUCCUGGAAAUCAAACCUGUUGUCUCUCAUAGAAAUGUUUAAUAACUUGUGUGUCCGGCCAGCAGUCACCUGGCUGGAACAUUUGCUUUCUUUUUUUUUUCUUUUUUUUUUUUCCGCCCAAACCAACUCAGAAGAGAACUAUUACCGUUCAGAAAGGAAAUGCAGGGAUGCAAAGAUGGUGAAAUUCACCAGAGAAAUGGUACUUAUCUAAGCAGGUUAGGGCAUGCAUGUGUUCCGAUAAAUCAUUUAGUAUUGUGUAAAUAAAGCUGCAGCCUCUCCUUUGGAAUGAUGGUGAGGGAGUAAGAUGGAGUGAAGUGGGACCUGGAGAAGGAAUGGAAGCCUGUGUUAAUUUUCCUAUCAGCUUUAGGAAUUCAUCUGGUCAUGAAUCUUUUAUUCAGAUUACAAAAAUCUGUUAGCACUAAAAAAACAUUAUAGAAAUCAUUUUUAAAAAACACUUCUUUCUGUUUGGAGUGCUAAUAGUAUGGCUCUAAUAGCAUGUCCUCUCUAGUGUUCAUUCAGAUCUAUUGAUCCUAAAGUAUACAUCUACUUAUCUAGUUACCGAAGCAUGCUCCAGUACCUAGCAGUGGCUUCUGGAUCCACCAAGGGAGCCCAAUCAAUUUUGUAAUCCAGAUUUUUAAGCUCUAAACUAUCUCCCUUAAACCUGUAAUUCAUGUUGAAGUCACUGCUAUGAGAGAGGGAAUAGAGUACUAAUUUUUCAGGGACUAGUUGCCUUUUGCCCAUGUCACUGUCAAUAUGUGCUGUUGUCCAAACUUCAUUUCUGCACUUUGGGACAGGGGUAUCAAAGUUGAACAGACACGCCUCACCAGCUCCCCCUUCCUCCUGUAAUGACCCCCUGUGGUAAGGCAAGCCCGUUUGUCUCUGGGGAGAGUUGGGAUGAAGUAGAUUUGGAGGAUCUCUUGAACUCCCCCAUCAUGACGCUUGAAUAGAUGUUGGAAAAAUUGAGAAGAAAAGUACCCUCCAGAGGGCAUAUUCCCUCACCUCCCAUCCCUCCCCAGAUUUGGGUAUUCCCACAUUUGCCGGAAGUAGCUUGUCAAAUUUGAAGCAGGUCUUGGAUCUGUGAAUGAUUCUAAGUACUUACAAAUGUAAGCCUCAAAGAGUCGAAUGUUUCUAAUGUCGGUUGCCUUUGUUGGAAAUGAUGCAUGGGAGAAAGGGGGGUGCGGUAUAUUACUGUGUAAAAUUCAUGCAGACUAAAACCGUUUCCCUGACAGAAUAAAUAAAACGCUGUUACCCUGAUCCAAAAUCAAAAGCAAUUUAAUUAAAGACGCUUAAGUUUUAAAGAGUUUUAAAUGCUCCACAUUGAGGGAAAAUAUCUAAAAAUGCAGCGGGCCUGACGUCAGUUCCCAUCCCGGGGCUGGAAGGCCAUUUGCUAUUCUGUUUAAGGCAGGCUGGAUUGUCUUAUUUUGGAACUAGCUUGGUGGGGGGUUUGCUUUGCUCCUGCUUCUGAGCCCCGAGCUUCAAAGGCAGAAAUUAAUGGUGAACAAAAUUGUGCAGCUCUGACCAUCCCAUGCGGGGCAAACCCAUUGAGGGUUAUCAUUAAGUAAAGAAAUAAAGAGGAAGAAACCCUGCCCGGUCCAAAAAACCUCAUCAGAUAAUGACCUCAGUGAUUGGGUUUUCAUUACCAAACAGCAUCCAAAGAUUGCCUACCCCAUGGAAAAAAAAAAAGGAAAGAAAAGAAAAAAAGAAAGAAAGAAAGAAACAGAAACUGUCUUCUCUCUUUCCCUCUCUCUUUCUCCUUUUUUUUUUUUUUUUUUUGCACAUCUUUUCUUUAAAACUGUCAGAUCAUUUCAGUAUUUCAAAUCCGAGGAAAACAGCCUGCCUGCUGCUGUAUUUGAAGUUGUAAUGGUGUCAAAAAGUCACGACUGACUGACAGCCGUCAGUCCCAGAGGAGCUCAUUAAAUCAUAAAAACUUGACAAGGAAAUAAUUGCGCAUCACCGGCAACUUGGCGCCUGUUUAGACGUUUUUAUUUUCUUUCAUUAUUAGUCCCCACCAUUACGUUCAUUAACAAAUUGCAUUAAACAACUGUUAAGGGCUAA